GCUGGAACGAAUACCAAGUCACUUAGGUGGAGGAGUCACGUGACUAGCUCAAGUAUUUAAUCAAAGCGGGCGGCGGCGGGUAUUUGUUUUGCCAGGUCGGGCAUGGGAGUGAGAACAACUUUUCGCGACCAUAAAAGCAAGGUGUUUGAUACAAUGACCACCGAAGAGCGAAAAUCGUGCCUCAAGUCGUGCUUCGACGCCUGGAAGCGACUAGUUAAGAUGCGAAUCGAGAAAAGCAAAGCUGUUCAAAAAAAAUUGGAACAGCAGGAGAAACUUGAAAACUUGAUCAAAGCCUUGAAAAAGGUCCAAAAGGAGGAGAAGACCGAACCUAGGACACAGCCCUUGAAGGUGCUAAACAACUUCAAGAAUCGCUUCGUGGCCCAGAAGAGCACCAUCGAGCGCUUGACCUCAAAGCUCGAACAGAAGGAGCGUUUGAUCCUCGAACUGAAACUCGGAAUUUUGGACAAAGAAGCCUUCAAUGAGAGUAAAGUCGAAAUUCGCGAGAUUUUCGCCAAGUGUUCGGCGAAAACCCGGUGCAAAGUGGCCCCGCCGGUCGACUACAGCGAAAAGUUCAUGAUUAUGACCCAAAAAGCCCCAAAGUUCGUCCAAGAGUUGGAAGAACGGGCACUUGAACGUGCCAAACGCCACGAAGUCGUGCUGGAACGGAAGAGACAGAUGGACGAGACGCGCGCGAGGAUCAUAGCCGAAGCCUUGGAGAAGAAACGGGCGCAGGACGAAGAAGAAAAGAAGAAAUACCUCGAAAUGAUGAAAGAACGUCGGAGACUGGAGCUCGAGCGUGAGAAGAAGCGGCAAGUGAACAAGGCGAUUUUCAUGGAGAAAAUGCAAAAAGCCGAAGAUUUGCACAACAGGCAUUUGCUCAAAAACGCCUUGAAGAAGCUCCUCGACGAAUACAUCGAUAUGAAGAUGAAGCAGGAGAAGAGCGAGCUGCACCUCAAAAUCACCAUUUUGAGUAAGUCAAUCACGGCAUGGAAACAGUUCGUUGAGGGUAAAUACCGGGAUAAGAACGCCCUGGCUGAUGCGUGUUUCGCGAGGAAUGCGCUAACUCGGGUGAUGGACAAGUGGCGCAAACUACGACAUGAACGCGUUCAGGCCAAUCAAGUCGCUGAGGAUUAUUACGAUUUUGUUUUGCUGAACAAAAGUUUCGUCCAGUGGCAUCGCCACGUCUGUGCCGAGAUUAUAAGGCAGGACAGAAAGAAAAAACUGGCCGACUUGCAUUACAAAAGGCGAAUUUUGUUUCAUCAUUACUACAUGUGGCGGUCGUUGCCGGCGAUUAUCCAGCUGGAGAAGUCCAAGGAGGAGAAGAUGAAGAAGUGGAGGGAGAAGGUGUGGGAGGUCUUGCCCGACUACAAGCCCCCAUAUGAUGACGAUUAAUGCUUUAUUCAAUUAUUCGACAUUUGUUUAACUGUCCAGGUUCAACCUAAUUUCUUCUCUUUUUGAUUGAGUUUUCAGAUAAUAGUUCUAAUUUUAAUGAGACUUAAUUAUUUUCUUUUUCACUAAAGUUAAAUUUAAUAAAUCCGGCUCGAAGGACCAUGUAAUGAGUAAGCAGUCGUUACUCAUUUAGUUCAGUUUUUUCGUUUAGUUGUAAAAAUGCUUCAUGGGUUUUUCUUCUUUAUAAUUCUUGAAUUAGUUGUCAAUAUUUUAUUUAAUCGUUCUUUUACAUCGUAUAGUCAGUAUCAAAGUCAUAAUCUUUAUCAUUAUCCGACUUUAACGUAAAAUUUUCUAAACCACUCGCCAAUUGUUGCGCUACUUUUUCCCGCCUAUUCCGCAUUUUCUUCUCUUUCUUGAACUGGUUCUUCCUAAUUUGAUUCAACUUCUGAUUACCCUCCAACUCCAUCUCCGGAUCGACUUUCUUCGUCUCAGUCUUCGCGCCUUUUUUCCUACUUUUCUUACUUUCAACGUUAAUUUUAUCGCUCAACUAAAACAAAAAUAUGUUUUUUUUUUUCAAUAGGGGACGCCAAAUUAAGCGAUUAGUGGUUAAUUUAAUAUAACGUCACAGCCAACUUAUAAUUUUUUGUAUUAUUAGACUAUUAUUAAUAAAAAUGUCACGAGA